CUCCCUAAUCUCAGCCGUUAAAAAUCUAGGGCUUCUACAUUUUGAAUCUUUUCUUCUUUAAAACCAAUGAGCAGGAAGGGUUUAACGAGAGAGAAGUGAAGCUAGUAGCAGCCCGGCGAUUUCCCCGAUUUCCCGGUAGCCGGUCCAUCAUUCUCCAGUAAGCCAUGGUGAAGCACAACAAUGUUGUGCCCAAUGGGCACUUCAAGAAGCACUGGCAGAAUUAUGUCAGGACUUGGUUUAAUCAACCGGCUCGCAAAACCAGAAGACGCAUUGCUAGGCAAAAGAAAGCUGUGAAGAAAUUUCCCCAGCCUGUUGAUGGUCCCCUUCGUCCUAUUGUUCAUUGUCAGACUUUGAAGUAUAACAUGAAAAUUAGGAAAGGCAGGGGAUUUUCUCUUGAGGAGCUCAAGGCAGCUGGCAUUCCAAAGAAACUUGCCUCAACCAUUGGCAUUGCAGUUGACCAUCGUCGCAAGAACCAUUCUCUGGAGGGUCUUCAAGCUAAUGUUCAAAGGCUGAAGACUUACAAGGCUAAUUUAGUUGUCUUCCCAAGACGCGUGGGCAAAUUCAAGGCCGGUGAUUCUACUCCUGAGGAGCUGGCAACAGCUACGCAAGUCCGAGGUCAUCUCAUGCCGAUCGUACGUGAGAAGCCAUCUAUCGAGUUUGUGAAGGUGACAGAUGAGAUGAAGUCAUUUAAUGCCUAUGCCAAGCUCCGCAUUGAGCAAGUGAAUCAGCGGCAUGUUGGUGCUAGGAUGAAGAAGGCUGCUGAGGCAGAGAAGGAUGAGAAAAAAUAAGGGACAAAUCGAACAACAUUGUAGCUUUCCAAUACUAGGAGCAGGUACUUGAGACUUUUCUGCAGCACAAAUUUUUGAGGCUGAUUCUGAUUGCCGGAGGGUUUUUUUUUUUUUUUUUUUCCCGAUAUGGUACUCUGAAAUUUGGAUAAUUUGAGUUGUGCAUUUGCAUUUCUUUCAUACAUGGGCUGAUUUGCAGUUUUGAGUAUUUAUAGAAGCAGGCAUUUGUGUACUUAUCAAUGCAGGUGCAUGCAACAGAUUUUUGGUUC